UAGACUGUAGAGAUGGAGAGGGCAGCCAGCCUCCACGUGCUCACACACUCUCUCACCCAGUCACAUGGAGGAGGAGAGGGACACACGCGCUGGGAAAACUCUCCUCAUUAACUAAUGAGCAGCAUUGAAACUAUUUUCGUGGUGGACUCUGUUCAGGAUGGAGGCGCUGGCUCUUUUCUCUUUCACAGCAUCGGAAGCAGAUGAGAUCAGUUUUAAGAAAGGGGACCUUAUAAAGGUGACAGAAAUGGAGGACGACUCUUGUUGGGUCACAGCAGAGAUCCAGGGGAGGCGAGGCUACGUGCCAGAGAACUACAUUUCCCUGCUUCCUUAUUCGUGGUUUGCAGGACCGGUGUCCAGGCUUGAAGCUGAGAAGCGUCUCCGCUGGCAGGACACUGGAGUGUUCCUGGUGAGGGAGAGUGAAUCAGCUCCUGGAGAGUUUUCUGUGUCUGUUAGUUAUGGAGACAGGGUGGAGCAUUUCCGGGUGCUGGAGGGCGGAGGUCAGUACUGCAUCUGGGACGAGUCGUUCUGCUCCCUGAACCGGUUGGUGGACUUCUACAGGACUCACAGCAUCGCGGUGGAGAAGGUGGUCUGCCUCAGAGACCCUCCUGAGUCUCCCAGCCUGCUGUCCCACCCCGAACACAACCCGUACCCCAACCCUUACAAGAGCAGCUCCCAGGAGUCCCUCCCCUCGGCCCGCCUCUACUCCCACCCCUCACACCCACAGAGAGAGUCCUUCCAGCGUCUGCACGAACCAGUUUUGGGGAAACCUCGCCUGGCUCACGCCCUUUGUGACUACACCCCCCCUCACACGGCCCACCUCCACUUCCUGCGUGGUGACAUCAUCGACUUGCUGGACUGCUCAAGCUCACUGACCUGGAGGGGGCGCUGUCGAGGCCGAGUUGGAAUAUUUCCGCCAGAAUACGUCCAGCCGCUGUAUCACUGACACCAUAUAUUAUUAAUAUUUAUUAUUAUUUAACAAUCAAUAUUGUAUCGCUGACACCUGCUGUGACCUACCUUUCCUAUUCAACUAGUGAUGAAACAGUUAGCCCAAUAAUCGAUUUAUUAUUAUUAUUUAUUUCACCUAACAUGAAUGAGCAAAGACCAGAAUUUGAAAUACAGCUGUCAGCUCUCAGGCCCUCCCACUCUUUUAAAUGUUUAAAAAAGUUUUCAGGCACGUUAAUCAUUUAAAUUAGUUCAGAUAUGAAGCAGAAAUGGCAAAUAUUUGAUGUUUCCCCACUCAAUUUAAGGACUUUCUUAUAUCAUCAUCAACUGAAUACUUCUUCUGACAUCUCACAGAUAUAUCAGAUUAUCAAAAAUGUAAUAAUAAUUGUUGUGGCCCCAGAGUCCCCUGAGCUCUCCUUUAACCCUUUAUCAGGCAAAGAACUAUAUUUGGUAACUUCAGGUAAUAAU